AUGUCGUCGACGUUGUGCUUCGUUAUAGUGGGUCGCAACGACUGCCCGCUUUACGAUGCCGAACUUGGCACGGCUCCUCGGCGUGACGAAGCAGCGCAUCUGCACCAGUUCAUUCUGCACGGCGCCAUGGAUAUCGUGCAGGACGCCGUGUGGGCCACCAACAACAUGCAUCUCAAGGCCGUGGACAAGUUUAAUGAUCUGCUCGUCUCUGUCUACACGAAGCUGCUGCUGCUUCAUGACUCGCGCAACGAGGACGGCAUUAAAAACUUUUUCCAGGAAGUGCACGAGCUCUACAUCAAGGUGCUCAUGAACCCACUCCAUGUACCCGGAUCCAAAAUUAUCUCUACGGUCUUCGACGCUCGAGUCAGGGCUUUGGCCAAGAGGCACCUGUGA